AUGGCCCUCUCAGACCACGGGAUGAAGCAGCAGCUUGACGAUGCCUUGUCAACCAUCGAAGAUGUUCUUGGCAAUUUGAGGCGUUUGCAGACCACUCAGAAUUGCGAUGGUAAAGUGGACCUGGAGGAUCCUCACAAUAUCGCGCAGGUCAUCCAAGGUGCGAUGUUCAUUGUGUUGGCCAUGUGGCUGAUCUUCGCCAACAAUUCCAAGGUGGCGGUGGCUCAACGCGCCCCACUGGAGCAACGUCACGCAGUCUGCGCCACCAUCAGCACGGCCGUGGCUCUCUUCUCGGGCUUCUUCAACAUCCUGCAACUGACGGCGAUCGAUGACUUUGAUCUUCCGGGGCGUGAGAACAACUUCAGCCUCAACUUGUCACGACCUGUUGAAUGGAUCGCCACCUGUCCCAUCAUGCAGUUGAAGUUGGUGGUCUUGGCCGGAGCCCGUGUUCCCAGCUACCGUCGCUUCAUGAUGCCGCUGCUGUCGGUGGCCGUGCUGCUAUGUGGUACCGCCUCCAUGUUCACGGGAGAUGCGCUGCGCUUCGGGUGGUAUGGCUUCGGCCUCUGUCUGGCCAGCAUCAUGUUCUACCACAACAUCCUCCAGAUCUCUGAGAACAGUGAGGGUGAGGAGAACGCCUUCCAAGGAGCUUCCGACUUCCGGAAGCUUUCGCUCCUCUUGCGCCUCGGUCAUCGGAUGGAGAUUAUCACCUGGAUUCCUUUCCCCGUGUGGUUCAGCUUGAGUAUCGAGGGCUUCGGCGUCAUCACCGACUACCUCAUCAUCGAAAUGGGUUGGGUGGUCCUGAACAUCGUCUCCAAGUUCACCUUCAUCAUUUUGAUGCAGCGCAUGAAGAUGGUCCACCAGCGCAAGUUGGAGGCGGCCCGCGAGCUCUACGGCCUGUCACCCACCGAUGAGGUCCCCGAGGAUGAGUUGAAAAUGAAGGCCAAGGCGCAGGUCUCCAGCGCCACCGGCGGCAUUUUGGCCAGCACCUACGGCUUGGGCGCGGGCGAGGAAGCUGAAAGUGAAGAGAAGAUGGUUGAGGUGGUGGCCGAAACCAUGGUGACCCUGGGCAUGAGCGCCCACACGGACCGCUUGCUGCGGCUCUUGGUGGAGAAUGGCGUCACCAACACGGCGGUGCUGGAACGUCUCACGGGUGAGCGCUGCAUGGAGCUGAACCUGCCCUGGGUGCUGGUGGAAGCUACGCAGAAACGCUGGACCGCCGAGAAGAUGAAUCUGGGGCAAGACAAGGGUGGCUUGAUCGAGAAGGAGGAUCCCUUCAUGAAGCUUCUGGAAGCCAAUCGCGCCCGGAUGUCGCAGAAAGAAGUGAUGAUGUUGCCCAACAUCCCCGGCACGCCGUCCAGCAUGCCAGCCAUGAACAUCAUGAGCCCAGGGGCUCCAGGCAUGAGUGAGCAGAUGGAAGAUCAGAUGAGGGGAAUGAUGCGCGAUGUGCUGCAACCCUUCCGUGAGGAAGUUCUGUCGAAGCUGCACUGCAUGGAGGAGAACAUGCAGCGGCAAAUGGAGAGCUCUCAGGAAGCCAUUGCCCAAAGAAUGGACUUCUCACAGGUGGCCAUCCUUCAGACGGUGAACGCCUGCCAAGUCUUGCUGCAUAAGUUGGAUUCCUCUCAGGACAGUGUCAUGCAGAAGGUGGAUACCCAGAAAAUUGUGGUGGAGAACGUGUUGACCACACUCACAGGUGCCACUGACAACACCAAGCAAGCGUUGAUGGAGACGGUGAACUCCUCCUCCAGCGUAUUGCUUCAGAAGCUGGAUCUCACGCAACAAGACUUGCUGAAGCAGAGCAAGGAGUCACACCAAGUCUUGGAAACUGUGGCCACCAAUCAAGGCGCCUUCUCCAAGCAGCUGGAGUCCGGCCACGAGUUCACCCGCAAACGCUUGGUGGAGAUGGAAGGCACUUUGCAGCAAAAGAUCAGCGACAGCGGUGCCGAGAUGCGCAGCUGCCAAGUCGAAAGGGCCGAGGCUCUGAUGCAACACAUCCAGAGCGAGUUGGCGGGGCUCGGGAAGUGGUGCCAAGCCAUGGUGAACUCCACCGAACAAGCCACCAAGACACAGGAGGAGCGCAUGAUCGACGUGCGACGCCAGACCAUGCUGAUCAUGGACAUCGUCACGAGCACCCAGGAUGCCAUCACACAGAGUUCCGAAUCGCUGCAGAGCUUCACCCAUUCGCAGUACAUGAACAACUCCAGUGCCAACAUGGAGACUAACCUUCGGGAGGUCAUCAUGCAUGAGAUGGCGGCCAUGAAAAACAGCUUGUUGGGGAUGGAGGAUACCAAGGAGGUGAAUCUGAAGUCUGCCAUCAUGGCCAUGGUGGAACGCCUGAACGAAGGCGUCAAACGCUUGGAGUUGGCUUCUGACAUCAGCGCCAGCGGUCUGGGUGGAAACGGGGUGGAUGAGAUGAAGAUGGAACUGGCCAACGUGGCACAGGUCCUGGCACAACAGCAACAAGAGGCAAGUACUCAGAGUCUUCAGCAGGUGAGUGACAUUUUGCAGAGCGAGUUGUCUACUUUCAAAGACUCCCAGAGUGUACAGACGGCUCAAAUUUCGGACUCUUUGACCGAAAAAGUGAGCACUUUCUCCGAGCAGGUGAACCAAAACCUCGCUCGUGUCGAGGCGUCCCUCGACAAGAUCCUGGAAGCCAAGGUCGAGUCCGGGCGAAAAGCGCGGGCCGACCCGGUCAGCAGCGCGGCAUUCUUCCCGCCGAGCUGCGAAAUUCUCUGCGCUGGCGUGGCACUGUAUUUGGGCGUCUUUGGUGCUUCACUUGGAUUGCCUUCCAGUGCCAUGGUUUCCGGCUUUGUCUUUUCCGCGGCGCUCUGCUUGGCCCUGGUGGGCGCAGAGGAGGAAGCCCUGCGCGUGCUGAACAUGGAUCUAGCCCUCGGUUUUAUGGAGAACGUGACGGCGCCGUACGUGUCCCCCGACGUCCGUGGGCUUCACUUCGUGGAGACCUUCGAUGGCGAGGUGUGGUCAAGAUGGAAGCAUUCCACCGCAGAGAAGUACCGCGGCCGAUUUCAAGUCACCACGCGCAGCACAGAGGCGCUGGUGGGUGACCUGGGCUUGCAGGUGCCAGAGGCUGCAAAACACUACGGAGCGGCAGUGAAGUUUGAACCCAUCAACGUUAAGGAUGGGGACUCCUUUGCAGUACAGUUCGAAGCAAAGUUCGAGGACGGCCUCUCGUGUGGAGGGUCCUACAUCAAGCUCUUCAACAGCGAAGGCCAGAAUGCCGAGGACUUCGAUUCCGACACCCGCUACGUCAUCAUGUUUGGCCCUGACCGAUGCGGCGCCACCAACAAAGUGCAUUUCAUCUUGCAGCACAAGAAUCCGGUGAGCGGCAAGUGGGAAGAGAAGCACCUGUCCUCGCCCCCAAGCGUCCCCAGCGAGAAGAAGACGCACCUUUACAGUGUGCUGCUGCGCCCUGACAACUCCAUCGAAGUGCAGGUGGAUGGAGAGAAGAGCUUCAGCGGUUCCCUGCUGAAGGAUCUGAUGCCUGCGGUGAAUCCACCCAAGGAGAUUGACGACCCCAGCGACAGCAAACCCACGGACUGGGUGGACGAUGCCAAAAUGGAUGACCCCGAAGCCAGUAAGCCGGACGACUGGGACGAGGAGGUGCCGUUUCGCAUCGCCGAUCCCUCGGCCUCGAUGCCCUCGGGAUGGCUGGAAGGGGAACCGCUGAAGAUCGCGGAUCCCAAGUCCAAGAGGCCAGAUGAUUGGGACGAUGAGGAGGAUGGUGAAUGGGAGGCGCCCGUCAUUGAAAACCCCAAGUGCUCGGUGGGCUGUGGCAAGUGGGAGGCACCGAUGAUCAACAAUCCAGAUUACAAGGGCAAGUGGUAUGCCCCAAAGAUCGACAACCCCAACUACAUUGGCGAGUGGAAGCCAAGGCAGAUUGCCAAUCCCGAAUUCUUUGAGGAUGAGCACCCUGCCUUGGAGAAUCCCUAUCAGAUCCCAACCAUCGAUUCCAUUGGCAUCGACAUCUGGACCAUGGACAAGGGCAUCAUUUUCGACAACAUCGUGGUGGACAAGAACCCCGAGAAGGUGGUGGACUUUGGAAAGGCCACCUUCAAAGUGCGGAACGAGAUUGAGAUGAAGCAGGACAAGGAAACAAGCUCCGGCAGUUGGUUCCAGGAGUACUUGGACUGGGUGUUCAACAAUCCUGUGCCAGUGCUGAUCAGCAUCGUGGUCUUGUUGAGUGGUAGUUUCCUGCUUUGCUGCAGAAGUCCCAGUCCUCCUGCCCCGCCUGCCACAACAGGUGAGGGUAGCCAAAGUACGCCCAAAAGAAAGGGGGUACGGGAGUACAGCACAAAAGCGAGGUCCGCUUCGCCGUCUGGAAAGAAGACUGAGAAGGCUGCCGGAGACGAUGCCGGAGCUCCAACAUCAGAGCAGGACAAGAAGGAGGACUGA